AUGCCUGGUUUUGAUUCUUUGAUUCUUGCAGAAUUUCAACACAUGUUGCAUGAUCUUAAUCCAUAUAGUAAAAUAUUUAAACAAAAUGGUGACAUUAUAACUUCUAAUUUGUUUAUAAAUUUAAAAAUGUUAAUUAUAGAUAAUAGAAAGAAAGAUUCUAGAUGUUAUAAUACUCUAAGUACUGCUGAAGUGGCUGCUAUUAUAAUUGAAAAUGGCCAAGAAACUGAUAAAUGCUAUUACUUACGACUUCUUCUUAUUGUUAUUUGCGGCACUACUUCUUUUCAACAUCUAUGUUCUAUAAAUGGAGUUGUAUUUCCAACUUUCCAAAAUGCUUGCGAUGCAUUAGGGUUACUACAUAAUAAUGAUGAAUGGGAUCUUUGUUUAUCUGAAGCUGCUCAAAUUCGCACUGGUUCACAAUUAUGCUACUUAUUCACUACUAUUCUCCUAUUCUGUACUCUUUUCCAUCCUGAACAACUUUGGACUAAGUAUUUCAAUUUUCUUACUGAAGAUAUCCAAUUUUAUAAUAAUAUUACUAUGUUUACAGAUACUAAUAUAAAAAAUCAUGCUUUAUCUCAUUUACAGUCUAUCUUACAAAAGUAUAGCAAAUUUUUUGCCAAUUUUCCUAAUAUGUUUAUUCUACCUACAGUUGAACGCACUAAUACUCUGAUUGCUAAAGAAUUGAAUUAUAAUCCUAAUGAGCUUUCUUAUAUAAUUAAAAAUGGUGGUCAAACUGCUCAUUCUUGGUUCAAAUUAUCUAUUAAUUUACAUAAAGAUUCCACCUGUUCAUUCUCUCAUGGCUCUGAUACUGCAAGCAAUACUAUUUCACUUCCUGAACAAAUUGUUCUCAAAUCUCAUACUUUAAAUGAUCUUAUAACUUCUGUUUAUUCUAAUUUUUCUUUUCAUUAUGACUCACAUUUUUUAGCUGAACAUGUAAUACUUACUCUUAGAAAUGAUGAUGUUCAUGCUAUUAAUGCUAAUAUUUUAUCUCAAUUUCCUGAAGUUGUAUCUGAAUAUCAUAGUGCAGAUACAAUUGAAAACCAACCUGAAGCUUAG